GUAAAUUGUGAAAAGAGGAGAGGGGUGAGGAAGAUAAAAGAUAUAAAAUAAAGUGAAGUAUUCAUUUAAUAUCAUUGUGAACUCAAUAAUUUUAAGAUUGUAUUGUGGCUGUUUGUUGAAAAUUUGCGGAAAUGGCCGCAAUAGACCCAAGACAUCUUGACGAAGAGAAAAACUCCUCAGAAUCGACGGCACACGACUUUUCGUCAGCAGCAUCCCAGGUAAAGGAGAAGGAGAAUCAGGAAAUUGGACAUAAAACUGAGGAAUGCGAGGAAAAUAGUGACGCACAUGAAAAUGAUGAAGAAGAAGAACAACAAGAAGCGAAAAACGUCAAACGAAAUACAGGCAUAGAACCAUGCACUUCACAAUGGUGUAGAAAAUUUAAAUAUGCAAUCUUGUGCAUUAUUUCCAUAGUAUUUUUACUUAUUGUUAUUACUUUGAUAAUGGCAGUUGCUAAUCAUACUCAAAUUAAGAAAACCCAGCAUGUGAAACCACUACCUCUACACCCAGCGACAUCAUCACCUCCACAGCCUCCUUCACAAUCCCACCAUGCAUUCUUAUACCUGAAAACAAGUGGUUAUACAGAUCCAGAUGGAAAUACUGACUUAGAGUGGAAGAAAGAUGAGAGUCAGGAUGAAGGCAACAUUAAACUGCUUAAUGAAACUUACAUUCUUAUACCUCAAAGUGGGAUGUAUGAAAUAAACUUUGCAGUACAUAUGUACAUUCCAAAAGGUUCUCCUGAAUCAAAUGUAACCUUGAUGUUAAAGAGAAAGGAUGACGGGAGAAGUUCUGUGUUCAUGGAGAGAAGUUUAAGUUCCUUAAACAUAGUAGAACAUGGAGUGAUACAGUCAUUAUUUAAAUACAAAUUUAACACUAAUGACACAAUCUUUCUGCAGAUGAACAUGGUAAAAUUCAUCAGCCCCAAUAUGUUCUCCAGCUACUUCAUUAUCAAUAACUUACACAAAAAUAAUCAUUAAUAAAAUGUUAGUAUUGUGCUUUUAGACACAGAUCAACCUCUUUUGAAUUCUUCAAUUCUGUCAUCAAUUUUAAUCAUUGGACUGUGGUUAUUUUGAAGCACUUCUUUGAUGGGUUUCAUUAACUAAAUCAUCUUCUUUAUACCGUGUCUGGUA